UCCUAUGCCACAAUUUUGACAUGGCAAGUGAGAUUUAUUUGGUUGAACUCAGUGCUGACCUUCCUUCUAAAAUAACAGUAGGAUAAUAGCCUUUCUGUUCGCUUCGAGACUAUUGGAGACGUCUAAAGACAGUGUCAACUGAACGGCCUGCUUCGUGCAUUUCAGGGUAAUUCCAUUCGGGUCAUUAGGCUACAGAAUAUUUGUUAAGGCAUCACACCAUUCUCAAGCUAUACGAUACAUUCUGAACGAAAACACCACAAAGGAUCUGCUUUGAAUAUUGUAUGACCAGUAAAAUUCGACUGUUUGGAGGACACCCAUCCCGGCCAUACUGCGGCCACUAUCUAUCUCCAGCAGGCUCGAGGCUCUGCCCCGGAACGUGUAUUCAUCCCACUGUGGUUAUCAUCCGGGAUUGCGCUGCAAUAAAACUUUCGUCCAUCUGCUUUGACAUCUCGGCGACUCCCGCGUUCUCUGCUAAAGCAAAGAGCGAGGACAUUAUUCAAUCGCUAUUAGGUCUACCUACAGAACGAUUAUUUAUCAGGCUCGCGUGUGUUCUUGUUUUGGUGUUCCAUACCGAAACGUAUCUAAAUGAUGACAUUGCCUAGGAUUAGCUAGAUGACUAUUCGUUUUCCAAUGUACCCAAAGAGGGAAGCCUGAUGCUAUGAGGGUGUUUUGACACAUCAAAGUGACGCGUGUGAUGUUAGUUGUUUAUCAGCAACAGGAAUCAAGGAUAUUCGUAAUGCAGUUUGUUACGUUUGAAGGCGGUUACAUUGGAACAAUGUAUCAUAAUGGCAUCACGUCUCGUGCCUGGGAAGCGAAUUGACGAUGGAUUGUUGUUACAUUGUAGCUACCCGAUUGUAAAUAGUUGACUUCUUUUUUUGCGUGUUAUUGGUGAGCUAUUUUUCCAUUACGUGGAGAUGGUGAUUAUAUUUUUCCAGCGUGCCCUUCAUCGUCAUCAUUCGGCUCCUGUGUUCCAUUUUUGAAUUUCUUCGAGGCUGACACGUAUGCUACAGUAAGGACUUUAUCACAGAAUACACAAACAUGGGAACUCAGAUUACUGGCACUGGAAGAAAAAGAAUCCCCAACAGGGAGAGACUGACCGCAGAGGACGAUGCCCUCAAUCAAAUCGCUCGAGAGGCUGAGGCGAGACUGGCAGCGAAGCGGGCGGCCAGAGCAGAGGCACGGGAGAUACGCAUGAAGGAACUGGAGAGACAGCAGAAAGAGAUGUAUCAAAGCCAGAAGAAAUACUAUGGUCUGGACAACAAAUGGGGCCACAUUGAGCAGUGGAUGGAGGAGAGUGAGAGGUACUCCUCCCGUCCUUCACGGAGACACACGUCGAUCUCAGACGAUGAGGAACGGAUGUCGGUGGGGAGCCGAGGAAGCCUUAGGAGAAACUUCUCAUCUGAUCUGUACUGCAGCUCCAACAGUCUCCCCUCACUCAGACAUCAAAAUUCCACUCAAAAUGGCCGGCCCUCCAUGCUCUUUAUUGAUGGCCCACGCACCCAGAGUCACAGGGGCUCUGUGUGUGACGAGGCUGUGCAGAGUAGCACACGGCGCUUUAGUGGCUCCAUCUCUCGCGGUCCUUCAGACUACAGUGGUUUUCUGGGCUCCAACUCUCGGGCCUCGUCCAGGGCCAGCUCUGCCCGUGCCAGCCCAGUGGUGGAGGAGAGAUCAGACAGGGACUUCCUGGAAAAGGGUUCCAGGACUGCCUCUACCCUCUCAGCAGCCACUCUAGCAUCGCUGGGAGGGCCCUCCUCUCGCAGAGGCAGCUGUGACACCUCUAUCUCAGUAGAGACAGAGGCCUCCAUUCGAGAGAUAAAGGACUCCCUGGUGGAGUCUGAGGAGAAGUACCGUAAGGCCAUGGUGUCCAACGCCCAGCUACACAACGAGAAGUCCAACCUCAUGUACCAGGUGGACACGCUGAAGGACUCGCUCAUUGAGCUGGAGGAGCAGCUGUACGAGUCUAAACGAGAGUACAACGACAAGGCCAAGGAGUUUGAGAGGGAGAGGCACGCCCACAGUGUUCUGCAGCGCCAGUUUAACGAGAUGAGAGAGACGCUGAAACAGAGUGAAGAACUGUUAACCGCCUUAGAGAGGCAGAGGGAAUUCUCAGACGCCGGCGUGCGGGAUGAGCGGGAUAAGCUCAGGGAUCAGGUGGUCCACCUCAAAGACACUCUGAAGAAACAUGGGAUAGUGCUGUCACCUGAAGUAACCACCAAUGGGGAUGCAGGACAGAUGAUUGAUGGGCCUUGCAGUGCAGACUCUACCUCCCGAUUGGCUCAGGAGUCCCAGCCAUCUCAUGGUGGGGAGAGCAUGCUUGGCGAAGCACCAGAGAUGCAGUUGGACCAUGGCGAGGUGAGGACACCAGGGGGAGGCAGACUUCUACAUGAGGCUGACAACUACUCACAUGACCAGGAGAGGGCACUACUGGAGAUAGAAUCUUCGGACAAGUUGAACCAAGACAAGUUGAGUGACAGCCUGCAGCAACAAACAGACACUGAAGCAGAGCAGUCCAAGUACUGUGACCAAGAGACCCAGGUGGAUGUUGCUGUACCUGAAGAAGCCAUUUUGGUGCAUUUUGGUGACAAAGAGACUCAGAUUGAAUAUGAAGUAGAGAAACCCCAAUACUGCGACACAGAAACUCUGGUGGAACCUGCUGAACUUGAAGGAGCCAUUUUGGUUCAAAAGGAAUAUACAGAUGGUGGCAGUGACAAUGGAGAGGGGUUGAAUCAAAGAGGAUUUGAACCAGAAUCCCAGGAACAGGCAGAGAAUGAGGAAAACAGUGGAGAAAGUAACAAGGAAGCUGUACCAGUAAGCGGUGGCACUGACGGACAAUGUGAGGAAAUCACAAACCUUGAGAAAGGACGGGAAAACACAGAGCUUCUCACAGCUGUGUCUACUGAAGAACAGGACAUCUCUGGUCCAACUCUCUGUGAUGAGACAGAGGCGACUCUUAGUCAAAUCCAAAGUGAAUCUCAAAGUGACCUGCAAGGAGAGAACACCCAGGAGUAUGAUCCUGGGACUAAAGGUCAAGUCAUUCCAGAAAACUCAAGGAUCACGGAAUCUGAGAUGAUUAAGAUGAUUCUGAGGAUUUCUGUAUGUCUAGGGGAGGCAAAGACCAGCCCAAAUCAGAUCUCUCAGGGAUCAUUAAAGAAAACAGAAACAAUAGGGAUGGAGAUGAAGAAUAAUCCAGGGCAUCCUGCAGAGCAUCAGGCAGAGACUGGCCAAGUAACAUCUACUGGAACAUCUGCUAUCUCAUCUACAGUCUCUAUUGAACUGUUUAUCUCUGAAUGUCCUGACGAGGUUGGAAUCAAGACAGAUCCACUCAUAAUAAACACUUUAAGUGAAUUUGAGAAAGAUAAACAGAAUUCUCUAGAACUUCAGCAACAUAAGAAUGAUCAUUUCAGUACAGAAAGCUCUGUGGAAACUGUGCCAAAGAUCACAGACUCUGACGGACAGAAAUUAUCUGAGAGGGUUGAAGAGCUGGAGUCGAGUUCAGUGGAGAGCAAGCCAGAUCAGAUUUGGCAGGAAUCUGUAUGUGGCAUGAAGGAAGAUGAACCAAAUACUAAAGAGCUUCAGGCAAAGGAGCCCCCAUCCACUAUCUCUGACAAAACGGUUACACCUAUCAUAACAGAGGAGGGGAAGACUAGACUAGACCAACAGGUGAUCCCUGAUUUACCAGAGAGGCUAGAGACCAGCUUAGAAAAUACCUUACCAGGAGUUCAAGGUGAUCAGAAGAUGGAUGUAGCAGAAUCAAGGGAGAAACAAGGAUGUACCUGUAAAUGUAUAUGUAAACAAUCCCAGAGUGAUCAAGUACUGACGGAGAACUCACUGGAUGUAGCUCUAACUCAGAGGAUCAGCGACUCUAGUGGAGAGGUUAUCUCAGACAGGACAGAGGAGGUAGAGCCCAGCCCAGACAGGAUCCAAUCAGAACCACCCAGUCGUGUAGAGAGAGAAGAAUGGUGCAUCAUUGAGGAGAACAUCUAUGAGGAGAAUCUCCAGCAGGAAGCCAUUCAGGAGGAGCAACAGACAGAACAGGGGGAGGCUUCAACAAGUUCACCAGCAGGGGGAGACAAUGAGUUAAACGAUGGGGCCUCCGCUGGACAUAUAGACAGUUGUGAAGAAGCCGUUCUACUUGUGAAAGAGGAGGAAACCUAUCUACCUGUAGAAGAAGAGCACAUCAGCUCCUCACCCAGACCCUCGGCACUUGGCCAAGAGAUACAGCCAUUACCCGAGGCGGUGGAGGAGGGGAGAGAGCGCCCCCCAGUGGAAGAAGCCCAGAAACAGGAGAGCGGUGUAAGAAAGGGACAAAGGGGCAAUAGGAAGGGCAAGGGCAAAGAUCCUUGCAAAGUAAACUAGUUGAUGAUCACUCUACUCUCAAAGUGUUAUUUGAUGUGUAAUAGACUACUGACUGGGGUUGCAGCCAGUCUCUGUGGGUUUCUUUGUUUUACUCAAAGGAAUUACAUGUUUUAUUUAAUGACUUAUUUAGUGCCUUGAAUAAAUGGACCAUGUUGAAGAGCGAUU